UUUCGGUCCAUCUGCAAUAAUCAAGUGAGGUGAUUCACUUAGGGUGUUAAAAGGUAAGUCGGACUCCGACCAUAAUAUAAUCCGACAAACAUUACGGAAAUAGUUGCCUUUACCAACAUGUGAAAUGUGUUAUAAAAAAAAAAAAAAGGGUUGAUGCAUCUACAAUGAUUCUGGUUUGGAGUGAUGAAAAAAGAUAUUAUGUUUCUAAUGGAAUGACUUCAAAUUCAGGAUUAGAAGGGAAGUGAAUACUACUCUAUUUCAAUGUGAAACUCAAUAAUUAGGGAACUAAAUAUGAGUGCACACUUGAAUAAUCUCUUUGUGUGUAAUGGAGUUGGGCGAUUCACAUCAACGAUACAGCUAACAUUGGGAAUUAAUUAAUUGGAAUAAACAUUCAUCCAUAAUUAAAUGUGAAAUCACAUACCUACCAUUUGACGUCGUGGAGCCGGCAAAGCGGCAACCACAGCUUCCCCUAUCUAUGGUUUUGCCGCCACGCCGGAAUAGGUAGGCAGUGGAGAUAAUAGUAGUUAUGUGUGUAAUUACUGUAAUGUACGUAUUGAAUUAAGUUAUCGCAAACUCUUGUUGUAUUAAAUAAGUAAAUUUUACUCGAGAUCGCAAAAGCAAGAUUUAAAAUGAAGAGUACUGAUCAUCGACUAAUAUAAAUAAAUCACAAUAUGGAUUAUCAGAAAAAUAGUGCACCUAAUUAGACAUUAGUAUUUCAGGAUUGGAGCUAUGUAAUAAAUACAAUUACUGGUUCAUGAUAUUGUCUGCAGAAAGUUGGUCAGUGUUUAUGAGUUUUAAUCAUGUGCUCUAAGCUGAAGUUUAGGUUUGUGCUCCGUGUUCUUUUUUUAGCUUCAUUGCUUUAGACAUUUGCACUUUUAUAUGAAUUCAUUUGCUGGAAUCAAGUUGAUCACAGAGAGGGAGAAUCCACUAAUUUGUGUACGAAUGCACUAAUUAGUCUAAACUAUGUUUUAGCCUUUUGAUUUAAAACUUGAUAUUUUGCUAAUAUUCAUCACCUUUUAGCUGAUUGAUGAUGUCAUGGUCUUCUCACUUCAACUUUUAAUGUUCUUUUUUGUUCUGUAGUGAUGCAAAUUAGGGGUGGGAAACAAUCCAAUUCGGUUUAAACCGGACCGGAUUGACCCGGUUUUUUGAAACCGUAUUAGACAACUCCACAAUCGUAGACGAGAUUGGAUUGUUACCCGGUUCAACCGUGACCGGACUGGAUUGAAUCCAGUUUCAAACCGAAAAACCGGAUCACCUUCUCCAUCCCAAAACACAGUCGUUUCAAUACCAAAAUAUUACCCUCCUUCUCUUGCCAACCACACAAUCCAAUCCCUAUUCACUACCAAAAAAUUGCCCUCACCAUUCUUCCUUCCCAGCUACCUUCGCGAUGCUUCUUCUUCCUCUCCCUCCUUCUCUUGCCAACCACACAAUCUAAUCCCUAUUACCUACCGAAAAAUUGCCUCACCAUUCUUCCUUCCCAUCUACCUUCGCGAUGCUUCUUCUCCCUCUCCCUCUACUGGAUCCAACCAAAUACAAACAAGCAGCUCUGCCUAUGAGCUCGAUUAAAGUAAGAGAGGCGAGAAGACUUGGAUCUGGAGAAGCGAUUAGAGUCGCGUGAGUCGGGAAGGGGAUGCAUGUUGUCGGCCGCCGCGUCUUGAUCGAUCAAAUAUCCUCGCCGACUCCGUCACCAUCGCCGUCGCGCGCUGGGAAGUUGGAGAGCAGAGGACCUAGCAGAAGUCAAAUCGGACGGGAUGGACGACGGGCGAUGGAGGGAGGCGAUUGGCGUCUGCGAGUUCUGGUGGCGGAGUGGCGAUGGUCGGCGACGGGAUGGAUCCAAUGGUCGGAUUUUCUUCUUCUCCUACUCCUCUUGUGUGGUGGGUCGGUGAAUGGGAAAGAGAAAGUUGAGGGUCGAAGGGGAGAGAACAGAGGAGGGUGAUUAGGAUUUGGGGUGGUGGGGGACUGGGGGUGGGUUGUUUGGGCUGGGAUAUUAGCGGGCUAGGCUUGUUUGGGCUGGGAUAUUAGUGGGCUGGGCUAUUAUUUGUUUAUUUAUUUUCUGUUGUCCGGUUUUUCCGGUUUUAACCAAAUCGGAAGGGCCUGUGAGUAUUACAACUGCAAACUGGAUUGGAUUGGUUGGGAUCCGGUUUUCAGUUGCAACCGGCACGGUUUAAACGGGCCGGUUUUCGGUUUGACCGGAAAACCGGGACUGGAUUUCCAGCCCUAAUGCAAAUGAUGCAUGACGGUUCUUCCUGUUGCUGAAAGCCAAAACAAUCCCCUGCCAUAUGUGAUUUAUUUUGUAGUAUUAUUGGGAGCAACUGGUUCUUGACAAUUUCAUACCAUCAAUUCCCACAAAAUAAAUUAUAUCUAAACGUGGUAUUUCGUUCAAUUUCCACAAGUCAAUUCCUUGGUUUUGCAAAACAUGAAAAUUCAGAAAAAUUCCCACAUUUUCAAAUUUUCACAUCCAAACAACCCCUAGAGUCUGUCUAAUCCAAUGAGCAUGGACGCUGCUAUUUCCUAGUAAUUAUGCAAAGCUAGGGUUGUGCGAUGGUCCGGUAUGACAAGGAUCAGAUCAAACAAUAAGAGCUGCGGUCUAAUAAUAAAAUAAAUUUUAGAACCAGUAAUUGGAUCAUUAUUGUAUUAUGUUUGGUGUGGUCUGGUUCAAAUACCAAUUCGAUUCAUUUUUUUGAAAUAUUUAUAGAAGUUUAUGGAAUCAAUCAUGAGGAUGAGGAUGCUUGAGCUCUCACCAUGAGGAGAGAUGCAGAUGACGAUGCUUGAGCUCUCACCAUGACCACACUCACCAUUGAGGACUAAUUAAAAUUACGUUCAUCAAUUCCAAUAGUGUUUAGAAAAUACGAAAUUUCAUGUAAAGGGAAUCAAAUGAUAUAACUAAAGUUUGUGAACUAAAACGAUCGACAUAUUAAAGUAAAAGGAUUAAACUGAUAGUUUAGUCAAGCUAAAAUAAACAUGAUAAAAGAAAGGAUAAUAAAUAUAAUCAUAAUAUUAAUAAAAAAACGUGAAUGCACAAAAUGUGAGCACGUUUGAUACUAGAACCAUUUUUAUUUGAUAAGACCGUAUUAUUAUAAUAUUAUAUUUUUUAAGGCAAGCCCAAAGAACACACGUCACGCGGUACAACGAUUACAAGACCGACUCCAACCAAAUACACGGUAGCACACCAUUCCUCCCACAAAGCUUGCUCGCAAAAACUGUUGCUGGACUCACGUUAGCUAGGAAUUGCAGGGAAAAAAGGUACGCCUCUAUUCUAUUGACGCGCGCGGGGUUUACAGACGCAACUAUUGGUUUCACAGUCGCAAUCCAGGUAGUAAUCGAUAGGCUCACCACAAACAUAGACUGACUUCUAUAAUAGCUCUAAUAAUCCUACACAUACUCUAAUAAUUACAACGGAUAUGUCUGCAAUUACAACUUUUCGAGGUGCAUCAGAGAUCCUUGGUUAGCUGGGAUCGAGUUUCGUAGUACCUGAGGUUGAUCUGACUAUGAUUUGUGCGGCUGGAAUCGUUGGAAGCGACUGUUGGAUCGAGUUUUAUAGAUCGAGCACGUAAUUUCAUUGUUUAUUAUCACUGCUUGCGAUUACGAAUUGUUGCAUGCGAACACAAAGAUUAUGUUAGAAACCCGUUUAGGUUAUUAUAUUUCAGCUUAUAAUAUUAGGUGAUAUCAUUUUACUUGGUUGUUAAAUUAUGUUUAUUAUUAGGAUAUCCAGUAUUUUAGUAUAAAUAUGUUUGCGAGUUUUUAUACGAGAAUUAAUCGAGAACAAUAUU